UUGAAAAUAAAAAAACCGAGUUUAGUUGGCGCGAUGUGUUUCUCCCAAACCCUCAAAAUUUCAGUUUCCUGUCCGCCCCCAAAACCGCCCAAGAGGUAUGAAGUUCAAGGCGUACCUCACAGAAAAUGGUGUGAAUCUCUUAGAGAAGAGGUUCCUACCAGCCCUAGACAAGAUGGGGAAGAUAUGUCAUCUCUACCUCACCAGAGACCACACAAUGUUCCUUCACAACCUCCUCAACGGUGACGAAGUUCAAUCCAUUGCCCAGUUCCGUAAAGAAGCUCUCUUUGAUGACUACCGCAUCUCCAGCCAGAAUGAGAAUCGCAUUGCCUUUACUGUAGACAUUUCACUUCUCCACCGUGCCAUUCGUAGUAGUGUCAGUAUUUGUACUGAAUUUGGAAGUGGGCCCACUCAGAACCGUCUCCAGAUUAAACUGGUGAAAAAGCUACCUCCGAAUUGUACUCAACCAAUGCCUUUCCUGACCUUUGAAACCAAGGGUUAUAAAUCUGCAGUCAUUCAAGAUGUACCUAUAUCAAAACCCUUAUCUAGAGAUCAAGUUCUUGAACUUCAAACUGCCCUUGAUAUGGCUCAAGAUUUGCCUCAGACGCUGGUUCAAGUUCAAGAUUUGAAUCAGUUGCAGAACUUUGUGGAUCGGUUGAAGCAUGUUGGUGAUUUGCUAGACGUCUCUAUUAGCAAAUAUGGGGAUCUCUACGUGCAGAUUUCCACAACAUUAAUCACGCUUGGUGCUGAGUUUCGGAAACUGUUGGUCAUAGGAGAGCAAUCGGAUGAACCAGCUGAAGAUAGAAAUCUGAGUGCUCAGACUCGGUCAGUGAGAGCAAUUUCAAGGGGAGAUGCCCAAUCUGUGCAAGUGAAUGUGAAGCAUUUUGCUAAGAGUCUCCAUUGUCACUUGGCCAAGCCAGACUGUGCUUUCUAUGGGAUUGCUCCACAGGGGGCUUGCUUGACGGUGAUAUUUCAGUUCUUCAUUGCUGGUUCCCGUCAGACUGAUAAAUCAAUCAGUUUGCAUUGUAGGCUUCCCGUACUCGACCCAGGUUCGAGUUGAAGGCAAAUGAGAUCACCGUCUAUGGAUAAUAGGCUCUAUAGCUUUGGCUAUAAUGGUCAGGUUUGAUAUAUAUCGACCGAUUGCGAUUCACAGUUGCAGGGGGCUCUGUAGUACACCAUCACUUUGUGUCUGCCCUGCUUUUCUCUUUUGUCAAUAUUACUUAUUUUUCAUGCCGGUUUUUGUAAGUCCUGAUUACGAUUUACGCGACAGGAAAAUGACGAGAAGAUGUCAACGUGUGUCAAGAUAUAGAUGUAAAAGUACUAAAUUUUCAGUUUGCA